AUGGGUGUAAAAUUGGAUUCAAAAGAAAAUCGCGGCCGCGAAGAGGCGACUCUGAAGCAAUGGCUUAUCGAUAACCAAAUUGGGAUAUGCCUUGCUUUGCUGGCCCCAUUAGCCCUCGCCAAAUGCACCGGAAUGACGCGUACGGAGAAAUUCACUUCGCUGUCUUAUUACAACCCCGAAACAGGCGAAUACGGCGUUGGCUUUGAUGACAAUUACCUGGUGCUCUUCCUCGUUGUUCUACUUACCGCUCUUCGCGAUGUUACCAUGCGCUGCAUUACCAAUCCAAUCGCAACAUCAUGGGGUCUGAGCAAGAGCAAAAAAGCCAGAUUCAAUGAACAGGCUUGGUUGUUCAUCUACUACGCGACCGGUUGGUCCAUCGGCAUGUAUAUUUAUGUUACAUCCGUAUACUGGCUUGAUUUGGAAUCCAUGUGGACGAAAUGGCCGAACCGCGAAGUCUCAGCGACGAUGAAAUGGUACAUGCUUGCUCAAACAGCGUUUUGGCUGCAGCAGAUGGUUACUAUCAACAUCGAGAAGCGCCGCAAGGAUUUUUGGCAGAUGGUUUCUCAUCAUCUUGUUACUAUCGCUUUGUGCUACAGCUCUUAUCGCUAUGGACUUACGCGUGUCAGUCAUGUGACGCUUAUACUGAUGGAUUUUAACGAUUUGGUAUUUUCGGCGGCCAAGUGUCUCAAGUACCUGGGUCUUCAGACGGCUUGCGAUAUCAUGUUUGGUUUCUUUGUCAUGAGUUGGGUUUGGUGUCGACAUGUUGCUUUUGUCAUGGUUUGUUGGUCAGGUUAUGCGCAUAGCUUGCCUGUCCAUGGGAAGAACUGCUAUAUCGGGUCUGGCGACACCAUCACUGGUCCUGAACCGGUGCCUCGACAUGGAUAUUUCUACAUACUCGAGCCGUUGAUCUAUGACUCGGGAAGGAUCUGCUACGACCUCACAAUCAACUGGAUGUUUGUCGGUGGGCUUUUGUUUCUGGAAGGAUUGAUGAUUUUCUGGCUUGUCAUGAUUCUCAAACUAGUCGUGCGAAUCCUACGUGGUGGAAACGCGGAGGAUACGCGCAGCGAUGAUGAAGAGGAAGUGGAAGUGAAAGUGGAAGAAGAGCUCUUCCAGACUGUUGAUGCUAGGGAUCUGAAAUUACCGCUGCAACCUGCCAAGGGAAGGACUUCAUCGUUUGCGGCAGGUGGACUCGGGAUCUCAACGGAUAACGGCUUUUUCGAUCGCAUCGGUUGCAAGCAUAGGAUAUCUUAG